UUUGCAUCCUGCUCUCUGGCACAUACGCUGGGCGAACAAAAGUAGGAAGUGGAGUUUGACUUCUGAGAGUUCACCCCCGGGUUGGUGCUGAGAGCAAGUUCCUCAACCUGCUGGAUGCAGUUGAUUUCCUAAGUUUUUGGCUAGCGGGAAUUGCAGAACUUGUGUAAAUGCUGCUUUUUUUUCUUUUUCUUUCUCCCAAAGAAGCAAUCAAUCACGAAGCAGCCAAGGAUUUUCUUGGACUUCUUGAGGGAAGGGGAAUGGUUGUUCAGUGUUGACAAAGACAGAGAUCCGCCUCUCCACUAGCAAAGGCUUUUCAGACCUUGUUUCUGAGCCAUUUUUAAUGGUCUGGAGGAGUGAGAGAUCAAGCAGCACAGGAAAUGUGUGGUGGCACGCCAAGGACAUCAACCCGGACCGGGGGCCCGCCAGACCAGGCCAUAUGUGGGGCCCAUGCUACGUCCUCUGGGCCGUCAGGGAAGACGGACCGGUUGGGCCGAAAGGCUCAGAAACCUGAACGCGCUGGGGUAGGAAGGGGGAAUGGAAUCUCGGGGAACGUUCCUGCCCAUAUUCACGACAGUUGGUCAUCUUCAGAAUUCGACUUGAAUGAAAUCCGCCUCAUAGUUUACCAGGAUUGUGAGAGGAGGGGCCGACAGGUCUUGUUCGAUUCUAAAGCGGUGCGCAAGAUUGAUGGGGCAGCAACUCAGAAAACAGAGGACGCCGCCAUCAAACUGCCAGUCAAGUGCUGUCAGGCGAGCAGCCAUGGAAGCAGCAGCAGUCUCAACAGCAACGGGAGCGGCGGGAGUGUCUCGUCUCAUAAUCCCUUAGCGGCCACUCCGCAACACACCAGGGAGCAACUUCCCAAAUACCAGUACACUAGACCAGCUUCUGAUGUCAAUAUGCUUGGUGAAAUGAUGUUUGGCUCUGUGGCAAUGAGUUACAAGGGUUCUACCUUGAAGAUCCACUAUAUACGUUCUCCCCCACAGUUGAUGAUUAGCAAAGUCUUCUCUGCCCGAGUGGGCAGUUUCUGUGGAAGCACCAAUAACUUGCAAGAUAGCUUUGAAUACAUCAACCACGACCCCAAUUUGGGGAAGAUGAGCUCGAAUCUGACCGGUUUGGGUGCCGGUCGAAAUGGAAGUAACCUAGGUGUGCUCCAGUUGUGCAGCAGCAAACUGCUGCCAGGGGUGACUGAAGGAGGACUUCUCCGACUCACUCGGAGUGCUUCUUUCUUUGCAGCGCACAGCACUCCAGUUGACAUGCCAAGUAGAGGCCAGAGUGAAGAUCGGGACAGUGGCAUCGCACGAUCAGCCUCACUUAGCAGUCUGCUGGUUACUCCAUUCCCCUCGCCAACCUCUUCCUCCUCCAGCAGUUACCAGCGCCGCUGGCUCCGGAGCCAAACAACAAGUUUAGAAAAUGGCAUCGUUCCAAGGUGGUCAACGGAGGAGACAUUUAGCUUGGCUGACGAAAGCUGCACUUCCAACCCAGCCAUGAUUCGAAGAAAGAAGAUCGCAAUCAGCAUUCUCUUCUCCCUAUCGGAUAGAGAGGAAGCACAGAGAAAUUUUCAGGAUUUCUUCUUCUCUCACUUCCCUCUGUUUGAAUCCCACAUGAACAGGCUGAAGAGUGCAAUUGAAAAGGCCAUGAUCUCGUGCCGAAAGAUCGCGGAGUCAAGUCAGAGAGUGCAGAUCUAUGUCAGCCGUCUCAUGGAGGCUCUGGGAGAGUUCAGAGAGACUAUCUGGAACUUGUAUUCCGUUCCCAGGAUCACCGAACCCGUGUGGCUUACCAUGAUGUCCAGCACAUUGGAAAAAAGCCAGCUCUGCCAGCACUUCCUCAAAGAGUUUACACUUCUAAUUGAACAGAUCAACAAAAACCAGUUUUUUGCUGCUCUACUGACAGCGGUGUUGACCUACCAUCUGGCCUGGGUGCCGACUGUCAUGCCCAUUGAUCAUCCUCCCAUCAAAGCUUUCUCUGAGAAGCGCACCUCCCCGUCUGUGAAUCUGCUGGCUAAAACUCAUCCGUACAACCCUCUCUGGGCCCAGCUGGGGGACUUGUAUGGUGCAAUUGGUUCCCCAGUGAGGGUAACUCGAACCGUGAUAGUUGGGAAACACAGAGACUUGGUCCAACGGAUAUUGUAUGUUCUGACCUACUUCCUCCGGUGCUCCGAGCUGCAAGAACACCAGCUGACUUGGAGCGGGAAGUUUGGAGAUGAAGAGCAGAUGCUCAGUGGCAGCCAGAUCACAACCACCUUGGAAAAGGGAGAGGUGGAGGAGUCUGAAUAUGUGGUGGUUACUCUGAGGAACGAACCCGCUCUGGUACCUCCGGUCCUGCCCCAGAAGAGUGGGGAGAAGAGAAAUCAACCCCCUGCGGGUUUGGCGGGUGCCUCGGAGCACUCUGGGACAACCGACUCUUUGCACAGAGUUGACCGAGAAAAGAGCAAGCUAUCAGAGAGGACCGAGCAGGAUUGCAAGGCUACCCGGGUGGUGGACAGAGGAGUGGCAUCGGGCAACUCGGGGCGGGAGCCUGGAGCCCAUAAUGCCACAGCGUGGGUAGCCUCCAGCCUCGGAGGCCCUGCCGAAACUGAGGCUUCAGAGAUGGGGCUGCAGUCCAGCCAGCAGCCAGCGAGAGAGGUUCUGCCGGUGACGGGGGGCCCCGAGAAACCUCUCAGCAGAUCACCCGCCUACCCUUGCCCUGAGAGGCUCACACGGGGGAGUACUCCUGUAGAAAAGGUCACCUUUCGCAUUGGAAGCUCAGUGUCGCCGGAGUCAGACUUUGAAAGCCAGGCCAAGGAGAUGGAGGAAAACCUGAAAGCGUUCAGGAAACAUCCAGCCCGGACAGACAUUCCUUUGAUCCCGGCAGGCCUGGCUCCUGAUGACGACGCUCGGGAGAUGUGGACAUCCGGGGUCUCGGUCAUCCGGAGGACCGUCUGUUACGCUCCAAGCCUGUCUCGGGAGGGGAGCAGAAGUCUGUCGGAAGGACAUUUCGUUGAGGAGAACGGUAUCAGUGUCGCCGAGGCUGCUGGGCCGCCCACCCCACCAAGUGAACCCUUCGCACCUUCUCGCAACUCAGUGGCGAUGGGAAAGAGGAAACCUCCGGAGAAGACUCAGACCUCGGGCCUGAAGGACCAGUCUUUGGAACCAGUUCCAAGUACACGUGUCCAGCAGGGCUCUGGACUUGAGGGAGCUUCGGAUGUCCCCUGUGGGGAUGCUAGCAGGAGGACACCAUUCAGACCAGAAGGCGACCUCCCCAGGAACGAGAGCUCAGACAGCGCCUUGGGAGACAGCGACGAGGAAAGUGGGGCCUGCCCGUCAGCUCCCCUGAGUUUGAAUUCUGACAGCGACCGACAUGGAGCAUCAACAGAAGUGGAGUUGCCUUUGCCAAGGUCUCAAGUCAUCAGCAGCCGGAACGUGAGGAACUUCGGGCGGUCGCUCCUGGGCGGUUACUGCCCAGCGUACAUGCCGGAUCUGGUGCUGCAUGGGACGAGCAGUGACGAGAAGCUGAAGCAGAACCUGGUCGCAGACCUCGUCCACGCGGUGCACCAUCCAGUACUAGAUGAGCCAGUAGCCGAAGCCGUCUGUAUCAUUGCAGAUACAGACAAGUGGAAUGUUCAAGUGGCCACAAGUCAGAGGAAGGUGAUGGACAACGUGAAACUGGGCCAGGACGUCUUGGUCUCAAGUCAAGUGUCCAGUUUACUCCAAUCCAUUUUACAGCUUUACAAGCUCCACCUCCCAGCUGACUUCUGUAUCAUGCACCUCGAAGACAGGCUCCAGGAGAUGUAUCUCAAAAGCAAAAUGCUCUCCGAGUAUCUGCGAGGACAUACGAGAGUCCACGUGAAAGAACUGGGCGUCGUAUUGGGGAUCGAAUCUAAUGACCUGCCUCUGUUGACUGCUAUAGCCAGUACGCAUUCACCAUAUGUUGCUCAAAUACUCUUAUAAGCUAAAGCUCAGGAGUUCUUCCCUACACAGACAAUUUGGAGAUGCUCAACUGAAGGAGAGCGGUGACGAGCAGAGAGGAGGAGCAGGUAGAGAUGGGCAACCCCUCACCUUUUUGGUUGGGAUUCUUUUUUAAAUGGACAUUUCAUCACAAGACUAGUUUACACACAAAGGUAUUCGGGUUUUUCUUUAAUACUUUACUCAAUGAUGAAUCAACCAAAUGAGAAAGUAAUAGUUUUUUUAUGAAAUAAAAUGAGAAAUUAAACACUACAAUGCACAGUAAGCUGCCAGCACAAACUAAGUUGUGCUGCUUGAAAAGGGAAGGAAGUGUGACAGCCUGGUUCUAAUGCUACACAGCCACACUUUGGAGAAGGAAAGAAAACGAUGAAUGAAACAUUCCUUCAUGAAACCGCUUCAUAAGUGAGUAGCCAAGAUGUAUUCCGGCGCUGGGCUGAGUAUGUUCCACUUUUGGGCAGAGACCAGACAGUUUUGUUUUUUGGGGGUUUUUUUUGUUUUGUUGUUUUUUUAAAAAAAAAAGACAUAAGUAAGAAGGAAAUGACUGAGUUUUUCUAGGUUCUGGGUUUGCUGUGAUGUUGCUUAUAUCAAAAAUGAGUAAAGGAGGUCUACUGGCAAACUGGUGGCUAGGAAUUCUCUACCAUAACUUCUUCUGGGGGUUGACAUUUUUGCAGAUACAAAUCUUAAAUUAGGGAGGCAGUGGCAAAGGAUGCUCCCUGGACGCUAAGUCUAGCAUCAUGAUAUUUUCGACAUGAAUUCUGUGCAGUUGUAAAGUACCCAUUCAGGCACCAUAUGUUUUCUUCCUUAGUCACUUUACUGCGUUCAGCUGCCAUUUUCAAGAGAGGCCACUUACCAAACCAUUCUGAAGGCUUGAGGGAAUCUUUUUUUAUUUAAUUCUUGCAGUUCAAACACUCUUUUUUCUGACAGUAAAAGUGAUUCUGUAUUCACACCCCAAAGAGGACAGCUGUCCUUAUGUGAAUCGAAAUCUACAAAGGCUCAAUCUGACUAGGGAAGGCAAUUAGUUUUGACACGUCACGUUCGGAUCAUCUUCAUUUUUAUACUCUUAUCUCUGUGCCUUCCAGACUGCUCUGGCAAGAGCAGUUGAAUAUCUGCUGAGAAUUCAUCCUCCCUAAAGGCACUGCCAGAUGAGGGAGAAAUCCUUUGCUCUUAGACUUAUGUGGUCUUGUUUUGCAAGCCAAACAGGAAGAGGAAGUACGUUAUAUUGAAAAUGGCCACCAGGACUAUCUAAUGGACAAUCAGAAGCCAUGUGUUAGCACCCCAAUUUUGGUGCUAGCUGAGAAAUGGAAUUCUAUGUGGAAUUUUUGCAGAAGAGAGUAAUUACAAAUUAAGCUAUUUCCUGAAUGUUUAUUUCUCCAAUCCUAGGAUUUCCUAGAAUAACUUUUCUUCCUAGAGCCAGGAGAGUUUCAAAAUCUCUAGUGGUUGAGGGAUUUAGCUAGUGGACAAAGGAUAUUUUUCAGUGAACGUUAAUUUGCUGACUCUCAUGUUCACGGAAUUCUUGAAGGAAUAUGUCACCAACAGAGUGCUCCUUUAAGAAUUCAUUGUCAAAAAGGUCAGAAGGUAGAGGUGUGUGUGUGUGUGAGAGAGAGAGAGAGAGAGAGGUUAAGGGGGAGGUAUUUUUUGAGUGAGAGAAGGUGAGGACUAUUGAAUCAUUACUCACCUUACCAAUCUCUUUUCCUGAGAUAGAGACUACUUAGGUAGCGACAGUCUUGCAUUAAAAUCUUUGAAUGUCACCAUCCAAGCGGAACUCACACUGUGUUCCACUCUUCAAUUUCAGGUGCUCCUUUUUGCACAGCAUUUGUGUUCAGACAUUUUAAAGCCCUUGGCAAUAUUUGUGGCUUCACUACUGGUUUCUGCACCCCCUUCUCCUGCCUCGUCCACCCCUGGGGGGGGCCAGGGUAGGGAGAAGGGAGGAUGCACUCAGGGGUUUGCCUGGCUCUUGAACUAGCUUGAUUGUCUAUUCUGGUUUAUAACCCAAGGUAGGCCAGUUUAGCAAAAGUUCCUAUUUGCCUUCCUACUCAGUCUCUGCUGCACAGGAGUUGAUGUCCAUUCCCCCAAACACUGAAGAGAUUCCUCUCCUCACUUCCCCCAAAACACACACACUUCUCAUCUUUUCACCCCUUUCCAAACUCAGGCCUUCCCACAGGCAUGUAAACCCUUUGCCUUUUCUCCUUGCCUCCCAGAAAUAAGAAGCAGGCGUCCUCCCCAAAUUUCCCGUGAUCAUUUUUUAUGUACUUUCCCCUCUCGGCACCCUCCGGUUUUCAACAGAAAUAACUUCGUAAAUGAAUUUAAGCUGUAUAAGGUGGCUCAUUGUUGAGCCACUUUGUAAGAUGUGACCUGUAAAUGUAAUAAGCAUAGGUGGUUUAUGACUUCGAUCUAAGCCGAUUCAUUCAACCUCCUAAUUUGUUUCCAAACUGCCUCUUGUUCAGACAUUAAAGGUGCGAUGAAGCCGAUUUUCUGCGGCUCUCAAGAAUAGACUGCUGCUCUGGGCAAAUUCCUCAUGAUUGUUGCCUCCAAAUAUGAUCUAAAGCUUGCUGCUCUUUUUUAAGUUCCACUUACACUCAUUUUUUUCGAGUCUUAAAUUCCUAUUCUCAGUAAAACAAAAUGGGGGAUUAAAGGUUUGUGGCAUUGUUGAAAUGUAGAUUUUUUUUUUUUUUUUUACAACCAGUGGCUUUAUUAUUGCUUUACUGAAGAGAAUGAAAAAUGUUGCCUCCUUCCCCUCAAACUCCCUACCCCGCCUCAAAAAAAAAAACUACUACCUCAGUUGACAGGAUUCCACCUUUAGGGUUUCUUCAACUUUGUAAGUCUUACCCCAUGAGUGUAAUUUUUGUAGCAUCUUGCCUUUAAAAUGAGUUAGUGUGGCAUGACAGGGCCGAAGCUAUAUGUAAAUGUCGUUGGACUCUUUCUAGCAUGUUUCUGUUUUAUUUUUAAUAAAUAGGCAAGGGACAUGAAUGUAAGGGAAAUUGUGUAUGUGUAAGAGUGACAUUGAAAUGAACUGCAGCUUAAAUAUUUGUGCAAAAUUCCAAAGCAUUUUAUUCUUUUAUCAGUGUUACGAUAGCUUUUUGUACAGGCUUUAAUCCAUUUUUCAGAAGUGUGCUUUUUUUUAAUGAAAGUGAUUGUGACCUUUUCAAGUCCCAUGGAACUACCGUUUACACACUGCAACUUUUACAAUCCAUAUUUUUUCAAAACUAACCUUUCAGAGGGAAGCAAUCUCCCCACACAAGUGUACUCCACUACUGCUGUCUGGGCUCUGGUAACAAACCUCAAGAUUUUAUAAUAAUGUAUAGAUUUCCAAACUCUUCACAAGAAAGUCGCCAUUGUUGUUUCUCUGUAUCUUCUUAAAAGGAAUUAAUAUAAGCUAAUUCUGAAGUUACUUUAGACUCAGUGUUUUCUCCACAGAACUGGAAUGGACUAUUCUGGUCACAUAGAUGGUUUUCUCUUUGAAAGGAAAGUCUAUAGCAAAUACUCUGUGAAACAUGCACCCUAAAAGACAUGGAAUAUGAUAUGCUGAAAUUUAACUGGCUCUUCAAACAGGAGAAAAAUAUAGGUUCUGUUGCUGUUGAAAUAAAUUGACAGGAUUUAUUUUUUUUUGAUCAACUGAAUAGGUACCAAUGUCAACUGAAUGGAACUUUUCUUACAGCUGUUCACCUAUCAUUUUGAUCAAUUUCUCUGUGGCAUUUAGUGCAAUAAACUUUUUUAAAUACAAUUUGAA